CUGGUCCGUCUGCUACAGUUGAGCACAACCCUAGCAUUUGAGCUCAUGAUACAAAGAGAAAGACUAUAAACAGACUUCGGCAGACAUGUUGAUGUUCAUUUAUUAACAUGCUCAUUCUCUCAGAAAUUUUUAAAAGAGACAGGACAGAUAUACAUAUACAAGUACAUAUAUAUACACACACACGUAUAUAUUUAUAUACAUACACACACACAUCUCCAUUUAAUUUGGUUCUCACCCCUUGUACUUAUCAUAUCCACCAUCAUCAUUUAGCCUCCUGAAAAGUUUACCUUGUUAAAGAGCGACCUCUGCUGAGCAAUUGUCAGAACAAACCUGAACGCAAAUAUAUUUUUGUAACGACACCGAAGCGCUAUACAAAUAAAACGACAACUUCAAUAACUUGCUGCGUUCUGCCUCUGAUACGCCGAUAUCCGACAUACAUUUUUUUCUGCCUUCGUUUUGCCACGUUCGCGCACGCACCGCGUUUAUUUUACAGAACGCAAACAAAACUACCCACUUUGCGCGUUUUAACUUUAAUUAAAGCACCGCGCGAUCCCAUUCUGACACGCGUGAAGUUAGUCGCGAUCGCUUUGGAUACCGCGCAAACGGCUCAAACGCCACGUGCCCUUCUGUCCUAUUCUUCUGGUGGAAGGUUCCGGUGCCGGAGCUCGAGAAGGUUCUGGAGCGCCGCGGUUUAUAUAAGAGCGACAGCGCGCGCUGCGUCCAGCGGCAGUACGACAGUCACGCGAGCGGAGACGAACCCGACGCGACGCGGCGAGCCGGCUUCUCCUCUUGCUUUACUCCUCUGAUUCCGGUCAAAGAUGGUUCGAGAAACCGGUUUCUACGACCUGCUCGGCGUCAGUCCCAAAGCCUCGGUGGACGAGAUCAAGAAAGCGUAUCGGAAGCUGGCGCUGAAAUAUCACCCGGAUAAAAACCCGGACGAAGGCGAGAAAUUUAAACUGAUAUCGCAAGCCUACGAGGUCCUGUCAGAUCCAAAAAAGAGGGAUUUGUAUGACCAAGGAGGUGAACAAGCCAUAAAGGAGGGAGGCAUGGGAGGAGGAGGAUCUCCCAUGGACAUUUUCAACAUGUUUUUUGGCGGCGGAGGCAGAAUGCAGAGAGAAAGGAGAGGUAAGAACGUGGUCCACCAGCUUGGAGUCACACUGGAGGAAUUAUACAACGGCUCAACGAGAAAACUCGGCCUUCAGAAGAACGUGAUCUGCGAGAAAUGCGAAGGUUACGGAGGCAAAAAGGGCACAAUUGAAAAAUGCUCCACCUGCAAAGGAAAAGGGGUUCAGGUCCAGGUGCAGCAGAUCGGCCCGGGAAUGAUCCAGCAGAUUCAGAGCAUGUGCUCCGACUGCCAGGGACAGGGAGAGAGGUUCAGCUCCAAGGAUCGCUGCAAGACCUGCAACGGACACAAAGUGGAGCGCAAGAAGAAGAUUCUCGAAGUCCAUAUCGACAAAGGAAUGAAGGACGGUCAGAAGAUCACGUUCCACGGAGAAGGAGAUCAAGAGCCCGGACUGGAGCCUGGGGAUGUUAUAAUUGUACUUGACAUUAAAGAACACCCCGUCUUCCAAAGACAAGAUGACAACCUGGUCAUGAAGAUGAAGAUCAAGCUGGUGGAGGCGCUGUGUGGCUUUAAAAAAUCAGUUCAUACGCUGGAUAACCGAUUGCUGCUCAUCAACUCACCUCCAGGUCAAGUAAUAAAACCUAAUGAUGUAAAAUGUAUUCACAAUGAGGGCAUGCCUGUGUACAGAGACCCUUAUGAGAAAGGGCUUCUUAUCAUAAAGUUUGAGAUCGAGUUCCCGGAUAAACACUGGCUACCUGAGCACAUGCUGCCCGACCUGGAGAGGUUACUUCCAGUCAGAGAUCACUUCAUGAUGUCAGAUGACAUGGAAGAGGUCGACCUCUGUGAAGUAGACUAUGAAAAUCAAAAGAGAAACCGCAGCGGCGAAGCCUACAGUGAAGACGACGGCCCCAGGCAGAGCGUCCAGUGCCAGACUCAGUAAACGUCACAUAGAGGAAACACUGGACUGCAGAUAUACACUCAACAAUAGGCCGGUUAAAUUUAGUUCUUGCUGCGUGAUACAUACAGCAGGAAUGCCGCCACCAAGCCUUACGAAACGGACCAUUUUCCCGCCAGCGUCGGAGGUCUUCUUUCCGAAGAGUCCGUGUCCUGAAGCACUCAGGAGUGGUUGGCGGUUACCACCAUACAUGAGCGUUAAGAGACAUUUAAAGCAACUAUUUUGGGUAAACGUUUCAGUCAUUUACAGAUGGAGUUUAAUAGCGACUUAACGUGCAUGCGUAUGUUUGAGUGCGUUCCCUUUUGUAUGUUAAUCUUUAGAUGUGCUUUUUCUGUUUGUUUUGGCCAGUGGAAAAUCUGCAUUUGUACGUUUUCUAAGAAUGGGACACACCUUGUGUUUAAUGUGUUGUUUCCUUCUUUAAAAUGUUUUAUUUUCACAAAUUAAAAACGUCAUUACAGCGC